AUGGCACAAACACCUGUUUCUGCUGAUGUGCUUCAGCAACUUACUCCUGUACUUACCAACCUAUUAUCACCUGAUAAUAACCAAAGAUCGAUUGCUGAAACACAAUUGAACGACCAAUGGGUAGCACAACAGCCGGAUCUUUUGCUUCUUGGAUUAGCCCAAUUCGUCGCUCAGAAUCCUGAAGUCCAGCUUCGUUCCCACUGCAGUGUUUUGUUGCGUCGCUUGGCUUUCAAGCAAUUCACUUCUACGACGAAUCCCGAUGAUCGACUUUGGGAUAUGGUUCAGGAAAAUACUCGUCUUGGUGUGAAAGGAUGCUUAUUGAUGGCUUUGGCCAACGAAAACGAUCAGAGUACCCGCCACAAGGUCGCUGACACGAUCGCCGAAGUUGCCAAGUCCGAUUUAGCCGAUGGAGGAAAAUGGGCCGAACUUUUGAAAGCACUCUUCGAGUGCAGCCAGGCCCCUAAUCCUGCUCACCGGGAAUCAGCUUUCCGCAUUUUCGCUUCUGUACCCGAAUUGAUCUCGGAUCAACAUACCGAUGCCCUCAAAUCGGUCUUUCUCACCAGUCUUACAGACGCCGAGAGCCAAAUGGUUCGUCUUGAAGCUAUGAAGGCCGCGGCUGCUUACAUCAUUCAAGCCGAUGCUGCUGGACAAAAGACUUUGGGUGCUUUAAUGCCUCAAAUGUUGGAGCCUUUGUCUCCCGUUAUCGCUUCGCGUGAUGAUCAGACUUUGGUGGAUGGUCUUGUGGUGUUGAUUGACUUGGCUGAUAAUGUUCCUCGUCUUUUCCGUCCUGUUUUACCCAACGUAUUGACAGUCAUGGUCUCCGUUUCCAAGGACAAAUCCUUUGAAGAUCGUACACGCCAGACCGCCUUGGAAUUAUUGCUCACCUUGUCCGAAGCCGCUCCUGCCAUGAUCCGCAAAUUGCCCAAUUUCGCUUCAGAAGUCAUCCCGGUGGCCAUGGAAAUGAUGACCGACAUGGAAGAUGAUGAAGUUUGGUAUACCACUGACGACGUAAGUGAUUUUCCACUCCCACGUAAGUUGGAUGAGGACGAUAAUGAGGAAAAUUAUGUGAUGGGCGAAAGCACUAUGGAUCGUUUAGCUAGAACGCUCGGUGGCAAGGCAGUGGUUCCCGUGGCAUUCCAAUAUAUUCCGCAGAUGCUCCAGUCCAGCGAAUGGCAGCAACGUCGUGCUUCGCUCAUGGCCAUCUCUUCCAUCGGUGAAGGUUCGGUCAAGGUGAUGAAACCCGAACUUGGCAAUAUCAUUCAAAUGAUCAUGCCCUCUUUCAAGGACCCUCAUCCUCGUGUGCGUUAUGCUGCCUGUAACACCAUCGGCCAAAUGUCGACCGAUUUUGCUCCUUACCUUCAAAAACAUUUCCACGAGGCGGUCGUGAGUGCGCUUCUGCCUGUCAUGGAAGACAACUCCCAGCCCCGCGUGCAAGCCCAUGCUGCGGCGGCCAUGGUCAACUUUUGCGAAGAAGCUGACAAAGCAACGCUUGAACCUUACUUGGAUGCCAUCUUUGAACGUCUGUUGGUUUUGCUCAAGACCCCGAGAGUUUACGUUCAGGAACAAGCCAUUACCACCAUUGCGACGGUGGCGGAUUGUGCCGAAGACCGAUUUAUCAAGUAUCACAAUGUGAUCAUGCCUUUGUUGUUGGAUAUUCUUCGUCAAGCUACCGACAAGCAGUACCGUCUUUUACGUUGCCGUGCUAUUGAAUGUGCUUCGCUUAUCGGUCUGGCCAUUGGCAAGGAAGUGUAUGCUCCUUACACUCAAGAAUUCAUCAAUAUUCUCGCUCAAAUUCAACAAUCGGUCACGGAAGCGGAUGAUGUGCAAACCACCUAUCUUCUGGCGGCGUGGGCCCGUAUGUGCAAGAUGAUGGGUCAAGAUUUCUUGCCUUAUCUUCCGAGCAUCAUGCCUCCUUUGUUGCAGUCAGCUCAGUUGACUCCCGAAUUCACGUUUGUCGAUGUUGAAGAUGAAGACGUCGAAUCCAAAUAUCCCACCGAAGAUGGCUGGGAAUUCGUCGGUAUCAAUGGCCAGCAGAUCGGUAUCAAGACCUCCGUUUUGGAAGAGAAGCAUACCGCGAUUGAAAUGUUGGUCAGCUAUGCUCGUGACUUGGGAGCUGGAUUCCUUCCCUAUGUGGCGUCGGUGCUCGAGAUUGCCUUGCCUCUGUUGAAAUUCUACUUCCACGACGGUGUGCGUCACGCGGCGGCGGCGUUGAUUCCCUUGCUUUUGAAGGAUGCCAAGGAAGCCAAUAUUGCUCCGGGAGAAUUGGCCAACAUGUGGCAUACCAUCUUUGAAAAGCUGAACAAGAUCAUGGCCAUUGAAGAUGAUCUCGCUUUCUUGUCGCAGGUGUAUGCCAGUUUCUAUGAAUGUCUGGAAGUGUUGGGUGAGAACUGUUUGCAACCGGCCGAACUCGAAGCAUUCACCAAGUCGACGGAGGAACAGCUCAAGAAGUUCCAUGAACGACUGACUGCCAGAGAGACUCAGAAGCAGCAAGGUGACUAUGAUGCUGAAGCCGAGGAACAGUUGAUGGAAGAAGAAGAAACCGAGGAAGAUGCCUUGGGAGAAUUGGCUCGUGCUAUUCAAGCCGUGUUCAAAGCACAUCACAGUGGCUUCUUGCCUUACUUUGACAAGAUUUUGCCUGUGGUGGUGCAGUUCUUGGGUCAUCCUAAUACCGCGGCUCGUCAAUGGGCCAUCUGUGUG